AUGUUGAAAGCAAGAUAUGGAGUCCGAUUUCUUUCUAUUGGCCUAUGCUUAUUAUUUCUAUAUGUGCUUUGGAGAGAGCUCAAAAGUGAUUACUCGAAUGUGACAUGCCCUGUGAAGUCUGGAGAACACCAUUGUCAAAUAUUGAAGGACAGUUGUAAUAACAAAUAUUUUGCAGUUGCUAUAAAGUAUUAUUGCUCGAAUUAUUACCCUUCCAAGUUCUUGGAAGUUUUCAUUGCCUGCAAUUUAAUCUUGAUUUUAAUAUUAUUACUUAGUACGUUGAGCACAAUAGUCUCGAAUUAUAUGUAUGUUAGCUUGGAGAGCUUUGCAGAAAUCUUCAAGAUUAAUGGACAUACCUUGAGCUUUAUUUUGAUACCGUUGAUAAAUGCUUUACCAGACCUUAUUGAUUACCAUAUUACCAUUAAAGCCAAAUCGAUAGAACUAGUGUUAGGUCAAUUGAUUGGUUCGAGCCUCAUAUUGUGUACAGUUAUCAUAGGUGUAAUCUGCAUCAUCCGCCCUUUCAACAUUCUGGACUUUAAACAUUUGAUGACGGAUCUUGUUUGGCUCUUAGCAACCUUAAUAAUGUUGAUAUUUAUACUAUCAGAUGAAAAAAUAACCGUUAUGGAAUGUGCCGUUAUGAUGACAGGCUACCUAUUUUAUAUAUUUUAUUUAUUCUGGUUUGGGAAAGAGAGUGAAAGAGAAAUGGCAGAUGUUGUCUUAAAUUUUGAAGAAGUACUAGAUAAUAUUUCCGAUGAAGAUCUAGUAGGAUAUGGUUCGACAGGAUCUAUCAAAUCUGAUUCAUCUGAAAAUAUUGUUGAAGAAAUCAUUAUCCUGGAUUCAAUCAAUGUUUUGAAGAUUUAUUUUGCUAUAUUGGAUAAUUUACUAUUUUAUCUAAUUCCCAUUUCAAGUUCUCAACAUGAAGAUAAGGAUGUUCUUAAUCAAGAUAUUUUUGUGAAAUUGUGGUUCUCUUUCGAAAUUCCAAUCUUAAUUAAUAUUCAGUUCUUCAAUAUUUCAUGGAUCAACAUGAUACCAAUAAUUCUCCUAUUGACAUUGUUAAACCAAUUUCUAAAUAUCUCGAGAAGGUUGGGUACAGUAUCUAUUAAUGUUUUAAGUAUGGUUAUAUGCUUGAUAUUGAUAUCGGCUAUUUCAGUUCAAAUUUUGAAAAUCUUAAAAAACUUUGGCCUAAUUUUUAAAAUAUCAGACUACAUCUUAGGAUUAUUAGUGUUUUCGAUCAGUAAUUCAAUUAAUGAUUUGAUAACAAAUGUUACGAUCGCAAUUAAAGUGAGUCCUGUUUAUGGUGUGAAUUCAUGUCUUGGUACACCAAUUUUACUAACGCUCGUUGGGAUUGGCAUGCAUGGCUUUUAUGUCUCAUUGAUCGACAACUAUUUGAUAACUUUCAGUUUAAACAAGAAUUUAAUCUUAAGUACUAUUGCGUUGAUUUCGGUGACUUUAUUUUUUCUAAUAUAUGUCCCGUUGAACAAAUGGAAUUUUGACAGCAGGCUAGGAAUAAUUUUAGUUUCGGCUUAUUUUAUAAUUUCUCUUAUGAACUGUCUCACAGACUCAGACUAA